AUGCCCUUAGUUUAUCCGGCAGAAAUGCGACGCCUCCCCAAUUUUCAAUAUCUAUACUCCGGCCAGGUUAUGAACGUCGCUGUCAUGCCGAUCUUUGGCUACAACCAAGAGGACGGCCUUGUGUUUAGUCAAGGGGCAAUCGACAGAGGAGCGUUCACUAGUUUGCAUUAUUAUACAUACAGAAAAGUCUGGGACAGCAAUGAAGACGGCGAAGUAAAAUUGGCACAACGCGGCACAGUUGUGUCCGAAGGCGAUAUUGUGAUUCUGUGUUCAAAAUCUGACUCUGUCAAAAUCCCCAAAGGUAGGAAACCCGGCAAAAUUGUGAGCACGUACUUUGCUUGUUUACCUGAUGGGAAAAUGACGUACGAGGUCAGAGUGGAAGUGACCUUGCACCCUGAAGUUGGCGAUAAAUUCGCUCCGCUUUGUGGUCAAAAAGGUGUGAUAUGCGCUAUCAUACCCGACGAACAGUUACCCCGGACGGCAGACGGACUUGUGCCGGAUAUUUUUAUGAACCCUCAUGGCUUUAUUGACCGUCAAACUCAUCUGGCGGGACCAAAAUGUAAUGCAAGGCACAACGGUCUUGUAGAUUAGAUGACAAGACAGCCUACACAAGGCCUGGCCAAGGGAGGCGGGCUGCGUCUGGGGGAAAUGGAGGUAGCUGCCAUAUUGACUCAUGGCGCUACUGACUAUGUUAAGCAGUGGCUCUACAACCAGAGCGACGGAGUCCUCGUCCCCUAUUGUAACAGCUGCAGACGCCAAGCAGAAUAA